AUGAAGCUCAUUACCAUCUUGCCGCUGCUGGGCUCAGCUUCGGCCGCCGUCAUGCUGCCCAAGGAACUUGAUGUUCAAGAUACCAGGUCCAUCCGCAACGUCGCUGCCACCAUAGCCCACGACACAAUGUCAUACUAUCAGGGCAACACUACGUCCGAGCCCAGAGCCAUUGGAAAUGUCAACCGUCCUUACUACUGGUGGGUGGCUGGUGCUCUCUGGGGCAUGAUGAUUGACUAUUAUCAUGUCACCGAGGACCCCAGCUACAACCACGUCGUCCUCGAUGCGCUCCUCGCCAAGGUCAAUCUCGGCCCCGACAACAACUACCUGCCGCCUGAGCACGCCGACGAGGAAGGCAACGAUGAUCUCUUCUUCUGGGGAAAUGCUGUCCUUUCGGCUGCCGAGAACAACUUCCCUCAGCCCAACAAGGAACUCCCCUCGUGGCUUGACAUCAGCAAGAACGUCUUCAAAUGGCUCGAGUCCAAGUGGGACACCAACCAUUGCGAUGGCGGCGUCUUUUGGCAAAUUCUCGAAAGCAACCCCAACGGCCUCAACUACAAAAACAGCAUCAGCAACGGCGGCUUCUUCCAACUCGCUGCCCGUCUUGCCCGCGCCACCAACGACGACCAAUACGUUCAGUGGGCGCAAAAGAUUUGGGACUGGUCUUGGGACAAGAACUUGAUCGAUCACGACCUUUACCGCAUCUACGACGGUGUCGACAUUCGCGAUCAGUGCUCAAAGCCCAACAAAGCUUCCUACACAUACCUUAGUGGCAUCUACCUGUACGGUGCUUCUGUCCUGGCCAACCACACUGGCAAGUCCGAAUGGUCUGACCGCGCUGAGAAGCUUCUCGACGGUGCUAGCUGGUUCUUCUACAGCGAUGGCGAUAAUAAGGAUGUCAUGUACGAAGGCGCUUGCGAACCCAUCGACUCUUGCUUCAAGGGCAACGCCGACAUGACCACUUUCAAGGGCUACCUGGCCGACCUGAUGUGGAAGAGCGCCGUUAUGCAGCCCUCUCUCCACUCCAAGGUUGCUGAAUGGCUCAUUCCCACCGCCAAGGCCGCAGCUCAAUCUUGUCAGGGCGGCAAGUCCAAUACUGAAUGCGGCAUGAAGUGGUCUACUGGCGGCUUCGAUGGCCAGACAAACCUGGGCCCUCAGAUGAAUGCUCUUGGUGCCGUUCAAGGUCUCCUCAUCGAUUCGUCUGCUCCUCCCAUGCAGGGCGGUGGCAUCGCCCGAAACUACGACGCCAAUUUUGCGGCUGUUGACCCCAACCGAACCGAUGCUUCAGCUUCUACCUCGACGACGACGACUACCCCGACGGAAACUAAGCCCACCACUACUUCGUCUACACCUGAGCCCACCUCUACGCCUGAGCCCACCAGUUCGACGUCCGAAACUCCCACCACCACGAGUUCCACCUCCGAGAGUUCUAGCUCCGAAUCAACCACCUUUGUCACUUCAACAAGCACUACUCCUACCCCGACCGAGACCCCGACUGAGACUCCGACUGAGACCCCGACUUCGAGCGAGAGCAGCGAGACUUUGACCACUGAAACUACUACAAUGCCAUCUCCGACCGACGAGUCCGCCGCCACCACCGGUUAUACCAACCACGUCUCCGUUGCUGUGGCUGUCGCCUUUGCUUCGGUUUUGGUAAACUGGCUGGCAUAA